UCAACUAAUUUCAAAAUCCCUUCAAAAAAUGAUUAAAAUUGUUUGGCUUUUAGCCGCAUUUAGCAGCACUGCACACUGUUUUUAUGACCAAAUGCGAUGUGCGAAUUGUUCAAGUGUAAACCAGGAAUGCAAAAUUCAGACAACCGGAUGGAGUUGCGAAUUCGAAAUUGAUGCCAAAAAGUUGGAUCCCAAUUUAAAUUCGUCCCAAAUACCAUCUUCGCUAAAAACAUGCAUGCCUCCGGGUAUGGGUUUUAUAAAAGAGAAGCCAAUAAUUGGUUAUUGCUGUUUUUGGUCGCCAGAAUUGGGAUGUCAAAAAAUCAAGAGAGUAGAGUACGAGAAUGGUCGUUGUCACAGGUGCACUAGGGCAAUUUGGUCGUCAGUUAUGGAAAAUAAGACGUGUCCAUGUGGCAAUUGGUUUCUUGGCUUAGAAGACAGCGCAAUAAGACCUAAAAGCCGGGGUUCCAUUCUGAUACUGCUGGCAUUAUACACUUUACUAUUUUUGUAAUCAAUAUUU